GUGUGGUUUAUAGGGUUCUUCAAUUCUUGGGGGCAUCAGGGAGGCGCCAGCUAUGGCAUGCGGUCAGGGGCGCCUCAAUGGCUGCUACAUCGACUCUUUCUACCAGCAGCAGCAGCAGCAGCAUCGGGGAGUGGCAUUGUCGCGGGCGGGAUUUGGAGCUCGCUGUAAGCUCGCCCCUAGAUUGCCCAAGAAAGUGCUGGCGGUGGAUGUGCGCCAAAAUGCGGCCACGCAGCAGCAGCAGCAGCGAGUGCCGCUCGAGUGUAGCCAGGACGUGAUCGAUGCCGAGGCGAGGCUGUUCGUCCACACUUAUGAUCGAGUUCCAGUGGCGUUUGUGAGGGGGCAUGGAUGCAAGCUCUACGACAUCGAUGGGAAGGAGUACUUGGACAUGGCGGCUGGGAUCGCUGUGAAUUCCCUGGGGCAUGGCGAUCCGCUGUGGGUGAAAGCCGUCUUGGAGCAGGCUACCACGCUCGCGCAUGUCAGCAAUGUUUAUCACUCCUUGCCUCAGGUGAGACUCGCAGAGAGAUUGGUCCAAUCCUGCUUUGCAGAUCGCGUCUUCUUCUCAAACUCUGGCACCGAGGCCAACGAGGCCGCAAUCAAGUUUGCGAGAAAGUACCAGAGGGUGAAAGCCAAAGAGAAGAGUGACAAGCAGGCAUCUCCUCCUCUGGUGGAAGGGCCCAUCGCCACAGACUUCGUGGCCUUCUCCAAUAGCUUCCACGGGAGAACUCUGGGAGCCCUGGCGCUGACGAGCAAGGACAAGUACCGGGCUCCGUUCGAGCCAAUCAUGCCCGGGGUCAAGUUUGUGGAGUUCGGCAACUUGGAAGCCGCCAAGAAGAUCGUCCAGCAGCAGAGAACCGCGGCGGUGUUUGUAGAGCCGGUCCAGGGCGAAGGCGGUGUCUAUCCAGCGAUUGGCCAUUUCCUCGAAGGCCUUCGAGCGCUGUGCUCCAGCACUGGAACUCUCCUAGUCUUUGACGAGGUCCAGUGCGGUCUCGGCAGAACUGGAAAGCUAUGGGCUCACGAAGCAUACGGCAUAGAGCCGGAUAUCAUGACUCUGGCCAAGCCGCUUGCUGGGGGGUUGCCGAUUGGAGCUGUCCUCGUGACUCAAGCAGUAGCGGACGCCAUCGUUCCAGGCGAUCACGGCAGCACUUUCGCCGGGAGUCCUCUGGUUUGCAGCGCGGCUCUGGCAGUUCUCGAUCGUCUCCAAGAGCCCGGCUUUCUAGACAGCAUCGCAGGCAAAGGCAACCAUCUGCGAGAGCUCCUGACGCGAAGACUGGCACCGUUCGCGCACGUAAAAGAAGUCCGUGGUGCCGGGCUGCUGGUUGGGAUUCAGCUGGACGUAUCGGCGGCGCCGCUGGUGACGGCGGCUCGCAGCAAAGGGCUGAUCGUUCUGACGGCGGGGGCCGGGGACGUGGUGAGGCUAGCGCCGCCGCUGGUCAUCUCGGAGGCGGAGCUGGAGCACUGCGUGGAAAUCCUCGUGAGCUGCAUUUCUUCUCUGGAUUGAUGAAGAGCCUUCGGAGAAAAACACAACUCGGCCACGGCUCUAGUUGGCCGCCCAAAAUCCUUGACGAAGCGAUCCGAUACACGACACUCUUAGUCAAGAAGGGUUUAAGUUCCUCGUCUGGACUCCAACGAUCCUUGAUUUUGUUCUAAUUCCUGCUUCUGGAAUGUGGUACCGCGAUAAAGUAGACGGUCUCUCGCUUCUCCACACACACACAUCUUAUCUAUGCCCUACGCUCUUUGCAAA